GAUAGAGAGGGGGGCGUUUCUCUCUCUCCCCCUCCCUCCCUCCUCCAGAGUUCGACGCUUGUUGGGGUUGCCGUGACGUUUCCGAACGGUGUCCUCGCGCAUCAAUGCGCGUGCCCGGAGGCGCCCGAGAGCUGCCGUUCCAGCGCUCGCUUUUGCUUUGGGACAGCUAUGAGAAGACAGUAUAAUGGAAGACUUCAAAUGUAUUGGAGAUGAGACAUUUCCAAGUGUUUUGCACAACUCUGUAACUGGCUGCACCAGUGACAUUUUUGACAAUAUCACAAUUUCAUCAAAUCUUGGUAUACCAGUUGCUGCUUCAACUGAAGCCAGACGGAAAACUGGCUCUCAUGGCGGACAAUAUGAUGAAGUGUCUUACAUGGACAGUAGAUUCCCUGCUCCAUUAGCAUCUUCCUGUAGUGGUGAAUCUGAUUCUGAUCCAAGAAAGAAUCUUAUACUUAACUUUCAGGAUACUGUGGAAUGCUGUAAUAAAUCUGCAGACAAUCAGUUGGAGUCAAGCCAGAAAGAAUCUAAUGUUUUGCAGCAAAAACACCAGCAUAUUUCUAAUGAAUGCUCUGGUAACCAGUGGCAUUCUUUGCAUGAGGGGCUUUCACUUCAACACUUGGAAGAUUUGACAGCUAGAAUAUUUGCUUCAUUUGAAAAAGACAAAGAAGACUACAAGGCUGUUUCAUUAGAACAUGGUCAGAAGAGGAUAACAAAUGAAAUAGAUGGCAACACUAUGAUCGGCUUUUCCAGAUUUAUAGAAAAUGAACAACCACUGAGCUUUGCAAGCUUAGAAGGACAUUCUACAGAAUAUGAAAUUGGAGAUGAAGAGUUCUGUGAUGGCCAACUGGAGACUUAUUUUGAGCAGCUGGUACUACCAGAAAUGCAGGUGGAAGAUGUUCAAGAACAUGAAUUUGGAGAACAUGUUAAAGCCAUGGAACUGCCUUCAAAUAGGAAAUCCGAAAAGUUCCAGAUACCUAACGUUUGCCAGGCAGCAAGAACUGAUUCUCCUGUUGCUAGCGACGAAGAACUGUAUGAUUUUAAGGAAGCUGGGCACAACGAAAAAGACGAGCAAUUUAUGCUGCCCAUGACAGUAAGGCAAGAGGUGGAAUGCAGUAAACCUAGUCUAAACUCCGGACACAAUGAUAGUUCUGAAAAGUUUCCUGCUGAAAUGGUAGUUUACACAUCUGAAGUAUGCAGUAGGACAACAGAUUAUCAACAUGCUUGUUCAGAUGCCCUAGGUUGUCAUGACUGUAGUAAGGAAGAUGGAAUAUCUGUAAAGACGAAUACAUUUAGCAGCAGCAGAAAUGAUGCCACAAACGUAACCAACUGUGAACUAAAGCUAGAUUCUCUCUACUUUAAAUGCAUUGCUGACAGUAAUGCUGCUUCUGAGAUUUGGCACACAGAACAGCAAACCCAAUUUCCUGAUGUGUCACAGCUUGCUAAUGAAAAUUAUGUUCCUCUGGCUGAUGCAUACCUGUCUCCAAGUGCUUACAAAGGUUCAGAGCAAUAUGAAUGUACAGCAAAAGAGAACCCACCACAUGAUGUUGUGUAUCAAAAUGAAGACGGUAGAUGGGUGACAGAUCUUGCUUACUACACGUCAUUCAAUAAAGAACAAGUAUCCAAUUUCUCAAACUUAAGUGGAGACUUCAUAGCUGGAUCUGAAGCAGUUGCUGUGAUUGCCCAAGAUCAAGAAGAAUUUGAAAGGGAACACAGAUUUAUGCAGGAAGAGAAAAUGGAACUGCAAAAUACCUCUGGAUUAGAGGACUCUUUAUGGAAAUGUGUUAAUAACGGCAACCCACUAAGAGGUUCACAGACCGACUUUAGCAAAGAUGCUAGCUACCUACGGCUCUCUCUAGGAGAGUUCUUUGGUCAGAGAUCUGAGGCUCUUGGUUGCCUCGGAGGAGGAGGUGAUGUGAAACGGCCAUCUUUUGGUUAUCACAUUACUUCACCGGAAAAGAGACAACCUCUUCCUUUGUGGAGGCAAUCUGAUGUAUCUAGAACAAACUCUGAUGAGCAGAAUUCUCAGACAUCUACUCUUCAAGGGGAUGUAGAGGAAAGCAUUAAGGAAGACUCCCACAUUGCAUCUGCUACAUUUACCCUUUGUGAAGUGAGUGCAAAAGACAGAGAGAGUGGAAGGGAGAAAUGUGAAGACAGAAAAGUUGAAUGUAAGCAACAUGAGCCAUCUAUAUUAAGUAUAAGCACAAUUGCAUAUGCUAUUGCAAAUGCUUCUGUUAGUACUGAUCCAUCACAACUCGCUGCUUUGAUGACGAAAGCCUCAAAUAAAAAUAGAGAAAUAACUAGCAUCCCUGGAGGUGUCAAACCCACAGACUUUUCUGCCGCAGGUCAGUCAUAUGUCAACAAUGUAGAAAAUAGCACGUUUGACAUAGAGAAAUAUCUCAGAAAAACUGAUGAAGCUGAGAAUGGCUGUGAACCCGAAAGCAUAGUUAAAGAUGAAGCAACUGCCAGGGACUUGCAUACAGUUUUGUACAAACAGGAAUCUGAAAUGCUUUCUCCAAGAGACUUGUCCAAAAGUAAUUUGUCUAUCAGGCAUGGAGAAGAGAAGCUUAAUCUAAGCACAAUACAUGAGGAAAACAGUUACAGAGACUCAUCUGGUAAAACAAGUUUUGAGAAAAAUGAAAUGGAAUGUUUAAAAGCAGCAUCUAACAUAGGUGAAGACUUUCUUCCAAAAAACCUGACUUCUGCUGUACCAGAUUCAGAAACUACCACCGUGUCUUUGGAGGAUAGUGGAAAAGCACUUCCCACUUACUCUGAAUCAGGAAGAACCAGCAAGAACCCUCUGCCCCUCAGUUUAAAAUCUGAUCCAAUAUUGCUUUCCCCUCUUCCUGUACACCCUAAUAAGGAAAAAACUAUAUCCAAUAUUAAAUACCAAGAGAAACAGGAUAAGAAGAUAAUGGAAGAGAAUGCUGCAUGCAACAAUGAAAAACACAUAGUUUUUGAAAAUAUAUCUGCUGAUAACCAGAAAGUUGUUGGUAAUGCUGUUGCAGUAACAGAACAGACACCUGCAACUCCUAUGCCUUGUAUACAGAUGUCAGAUGAUGAACAAUACAGUUUCAGACCUUCAACGUCUCCACUUAUUCAUUCAUCUCCAAAUGAAGCUUCUGGAACUGCUCUUUUAGGAGCUGAUGCUGACUGUCCUGAUACAACAUCAAAUUCUAAGGAAUCAUCUUGUAGUGAUAGCUUACCUCAGGUGCUGUGUACUGAUCAUAGCUUGGGACGAUUGACCUUUGUUUCUGCUACUGAAAAAACCCUUCAGAAUCUAACUCUGUCUAGUCCAGAGAGAUGUCAGAAUAAUCGUGCUAGUGGCUGGGGCACAACAAUAGUUUGGACCAGCCCAACUUCAGCAUUGGAAGAAGAAACUAAAAAAAACAUUGAUUUGCAAAAUAACAAACAUCCAUCACUAAGCAGUGCAAGCACUAGUGCAAGAAACCAUAAUAAGAAGCUAGAAAUAAACAAAUCAGCAGAUGCUUCCAGUCUACCAGAGCACAAGAAAUCAACUGGACAGCAGCCAUCAAAGAGCAAAAAUCAAUCUGCACAGAAAUGUUCAAAUAGUAAUAAUGAACCGGAAAAUGUUGAAGUACCAGUAACAGAGCAUGGGUGUACAGCCACAGCACAUGGACCAGGCUUAUACUCUCAAAAAGAUGUGCAUGCCCAUGACGGUUUAGGUGACUGUAUUUCAUUAAGUCAAAAUAGAGCAAACUUUAAAUCACAUGUUCCUGUUUCAGAAAUUCCAGCCAUAUCUUCUCAACUUCCAACGCUGCUAACAGGGUGUUCUCUUAGAUCAACACCAUUUGCCCAACAAUAUCUGAGAAGCUUGCCAUCUCAAACAAAUAUGGCUUUGCCUCAGUAUCAAGCUGGAUGUCCUCCAGUUUUUGGUGUUCCACAAGGACUGAUUUAUUCUACCAUCCCUGUGGGUCAUGUUCCAAGCUCACUGACUGCUGGAAUGACACCAGGUUCAGAAGUUGGAUCUGGAAUGUUGGGUGCAGCUCCCCAGUGCAACUUCAUUUCCAGCCAGAAUGUCUUUAGUAGCACUCCACAUACAGUGCAAGUAGCUGACGCUGGUGGACCUAGACAGCUGGAGGAAUCUGUGCCAUUUGGACUUGAACGUGUAAAAGUCCCAGAAGAAGUAACAUUCCCUAAUGCUUGUUGUGUGGGGCUGACAUCACACACAGUCCUUAGUGUUCUUAACCCAUCUGAACGGUGGCUACAGGUCAGCAUCGGCCUCCUUAGUAUUAUGCUUGAUGGCGAAAAGAUGGACCCUCUGAAGCACAGGUGUUUCCUGUUUAAAAACAAAACUGUCAUAGGACCUCGUACUACAGAAGAUCUAAAAAUGCUGUUUCUACCCUGUCAAGCAGGAGUCUUUCAGUGUGUACUUAGUAUUGCCUCUUGGCCAUUUACUGCAGAUGCGGAUACAAUAGUCCAGGCACAGGCCUUAGCAGCUAGAGUGAUUGUGAAUGCAGUUGCUGAGAUUCCCGAUAUUGAGGUGGAAGCAGGAAUGACAAACCAUCUUGACUUUGGUGAUAUGCCAUCUGGCAGCUGGAAAGCUCUUCCACUGAAACUAACAAACAAGACAUGUGCUAGAGUGCCAGUCAGACUUGUCAUUUAUGCAAAUGCUGUAGCAUGGCGGUGUUUCACAUUUUCCAAGGAACCAGUUAACGCUUCUGUUAGUUUGCUCCCUACUUGCGACAUUUCCCAGCGAGCAGCUCCGUCAGUGAUAUCCCAUGUAAUGAAUGCAAGAAGUGAUGGGCAAGAUCCUGAUGUUCUAGUAGUUUGGGUUCAGUUCCAUGCACCAAGCAAAUGCAUCACUUCAGAUUCUUUGGGCCCUGCGGAUGAGUAUUUUGCAAGAAUUGAUGUGGAGGUUGAUUGUCCAGAGCCUGCUAAAAUUUUAAGUAUACCUCUGCAUGCAAGAUCUGGAACUCCUAGGAUAUAUGCUCCAAAAGGCCUACAGACCUUAUAUAUGUCUGCGAGGAAGGGAUUAUCAACAAGGCAGCAGUUGCCAUUAAAGAACGCUGGGAAUAUUAAAGUCGACUUGAAAAUCCUGGCACUAGAGCCAGAUAGCGGCAUUUCUGUCAAUCCAGAGGACCUGGUUCUUAUACCUGGGGAAGAACAAGAAGUGACAGUUGUGUUUUCUCCAAAGGACUGUAGAAAUGCUGAAAGUGUUUUAAAAAUCUUGGUACUGCCAUCUGGGCCAGAAUAUAAAGUGACUGUAAAAGGCGAAGUGACUGUGGUGGAGAGCAAACCUUUGGUACAGAAAUACCCCAGUUCAGAAGUUCCCCCCAUCCUAGCUAACAAGCAGUUUCUGACAUGGGGAGGUAUACAGCUUGGCAGAACAGUCCUGCAGAAACUAAUCCUGAGAAAUAACUCCCCAUCUAUUACGCAGCAGUUAAGAUUGCUGAUAAGGGGUCAAGAUCAGGACUGUUUUCAAUUGAAACUUGGAGAACAUGUGUACAAUAAUUGUGAAAUCAAGAUCCGUCCAAAACAUGAUUAUACUGUCUGUCUGAUGUUUACACCAACUCGAUUAACUUGUAUGUAUGCAAAACUUGAAAUGAAACAGCUUGGUCUUCUAUCUCAACUAGGAAUCAAGUUCACUAUACCAUUGUAUGGAUAUGGAGGAAAUAGCAACCUGAGAUUUGAAGAUGUUAAAAAACACUAUAAUAGAUACAUAGUGGGGCUGAAUGAUAUUGCGGGGCUGAAUGGUAAAACAAGACAGGCUUCUUUUUCUGUACGAAAUAUAGGGAGUCGGGCUGCGUAUGUGAAAGCACUGUGCUUUAAGAACUCGAGUGAAAUAGUUGUUAUGGAUCCAAAUGUGAUGAGAGUUUCUCCAGAAAAGUUUGUUCUUCAGGAAAGUUCACAGCAGAAAGUUACAGUAACAUUUAAUUCAACUGAAGAUCAAAGUAAUUCAUCAGUGUUGUCUACAAUUUGUUUUGUCUAUGGAGAUGAAAUUUUGAGACAGCAGUAUCGCAGAGCUGUACAGCAAAAUCCAGAGCAAGUGCAAAAAAUGCUUCCUGCUAAUAAUCCUGUGAUAAAUGUAAAGUUUGAUGAAGAAUUCCCCGGGGAAGAGCUGGUGACUGAAGUAUAUGAUCUUCCGCAACAUUCGUUUGAUAUCCAGUACUUUUUCAUGAACAUGCGAAGGAUUAUUGUUUCGGCGGUUAAUUCCUUCUCUAGCUCUGCUUUUGAUAUCAAGCCAUCUUCAGUCCAUCGUGUAGCACUAGAGAGACCUGGUGUUCCUGAGAAAUCCAAUAUGACUUUGGAUGUACUACCUGUUAAAGGACCUCAUGGUUGUGCAUUGUCGUCAAAUGCUAAUAGCCUUGAUGAAAAUAAGCUUGUUUCUAAGGAAAACUGGACUCUUCAGCCUGAAUUUCUAAUUCUCACUGCUCCUUCUCAAAGUGGAGCUGCGAUUACUAAACAUGCACAAAUAAGUAACAACUCAAACAGGUUAUUGACAUUUGAGCUAUCGUGGCCUGCUCACUGUCUGACAGUAACACCUCAGCAUGGAACUAUUGAACCAGGAAGCAACAUUUCAAUUCAUGUGAGUCCAAAUCCAUCACUCGCAGAAAAGAAAUCCAUCUUUCCAUGGAGUGGCCUUAUUUAUGUACAUUGUGAUAAUGGACAAAAACUUGUUCGAGUCCAAAUUCGGGAAAAUAUCUCUGAGAAGCAAUCUGAAACAGUUUCACCAGUUGCCAAAGUAGGUGUUCAUCAUCAACAGCCUGAGCUUCCUAUUAUGCACAUAAGGCCACUUCAAAAGCCAUCUUCAACAAAACUUGAAGUAAAGAAUCGGACUGUCUUUUUUCCUGAAACAAAGACUGGGGAAAGCUCAGAAAAGUACCUAGAGAUUGAAAAUAAUGGCGAUGCAAAUGUGAAAUGGCUAUUGUCAUCUUUUGCACCAUCUUAUAUCAAGGGCUUAGAUGACAGUGGAGAGGUUUACAGGGCCACAUAUACUGCUUUUCGGUGUUCAUUGCUUUCUGGUAUUCUUAAAGCUCAUGGGGAAGAAAAGGUUGUAGUCACAUUUUUACCUAGAGACAGAGGACACUAUUCUCAGUUCUGGGAUCUCGAGUGUCACCCACUUCACGAAUCUCACUUGAAAGAUAAACACAGACUUCAGUUUUGUGGAAUGGGUAUCUUAGGAAAUGAAGAUUUUAAAAAUGAAGAUUCCACACCUGCUUUAGUAAAAGUCAGCGUUCGAGAUGUGACCCUAAGAAGAGAUUACCCUAAUAGCUCUGAACACAAAAUGUGGAAGGGGGUACAUGCCCAGGAAGACAUUUAUCAAUUUCCUCCAACUAGAAUUGGUGAAUCCAGUACACUGAAAAUUACUGUGAGGAAUUAUUCUUCCUUUUCAAACAAGCUGAAAUUCAGAUGUCCCAGAGAGCCUUUUUACAUCAAACAUUCCCAUUAUACUUUGAGAUGUCACCACUACUGCAACUUACCAGUACAGUUCAAGCCAGUAUCAGCAGGCACUUUCAAAGGCUUAUUGAUGGUUGAGACAGACAAAAGUGGCACUCUUACCAUUCAGCUCAUUGGUGUGGGUUUGGCGGAAUAGUAGUUUAAAGAGCUACAGAUUUCAGUGGGCGAUGAAUUCACAACUAAAUUAUUGAAUGACAGGUUCCUUGUUGUUGUUGUACACAGACUAUUUUGUAGGAAAUGGAGGUGCUUGUAAUUUUAAAUAAAGUAAUUUUGUAUGUUAUCAUGCAACUUACACUACUGCACUUUGGCUGUUAAAAGCAGCAUUGUGUCUUAUUUUUGUAUUGAUUAUGACUUUACAAAUGACACUGUGUUUUUAAACAUGUUUUUUUUAAAAAAAAAUAAAGUUAUUCCCUAAAUUCUUGUCCGCUUUACAGCACCUGUCACUAAACUCCCUGUGGCUUACCUGUUUCUAUUCAGCUCUAUAUUCCAGUAGAAAAAGAGGUACAAUUUCCUGCAAAUCCCUUCCUCUAUUACGUAGCUCAAAAGUGAAUUCUGGUGUGCUUUAAUAAAUUUGCACUGGGUUUGUUAUGAUGAAUAUUGUUUAAAGCUGCUUAGAGCUCCAAAACUGCUGAGGUAUAGUUUCUGAUCACUGGUUUUCCUAUUGAGUUCAAGUCACACGUUGUGACUUUAGCCUAAUGGGAAUUGAGCUAAGAAGUACAUCUCAGCAGAGGCUAGAUCAGGGGUUGUCAACCUGGUCCCUACCGCCCAAUAGUGGGUGUUUCAGGAUUCUAGGUGGGCAGUAGGGGGUUCUACAGCACAAGCUGAAUUGUUCUUCCAUCGCGCACUGGUGGGCGGUAAGGAAAUUUUACCAUCAAGAAAGAUGCAUUAGUGGGUGGUAGGUAUAAAAAGGUUGACUACCCCUGGGUUAGAUGGUCAUCUGUCAUGGAUGAUUUAGUUAGGAUUCCUGCAUUGCAGAGGGUUGGACUAGAUUCCCGGGUUCCCUGCCAAGUCUACAAUUCUAUUAUUCUAUGAAUGGUAAGCAACCUCUUGUUAAUUUGGCCAAGAAUUGCAUGCUUGAAACGAACAAUUUUUCAAGAUCCCAUGAAUGCUUUCAGCUACAACACCUCCUUCAGAGCAACAGAAAACAAUCACUUUAUAGCAAGCUAUUUAUAAUAGCUCUCAGGUCCAGGGCCAUAUUCUCGAGCUAGUUUUUGCUAGUAGUGUUUGCAUAGGGGUCAAAAGUGCAGUAAUUUACACUUCUCUGAGCAUUCUAUUCCCACUAUCAGGCAAUACAGCUGAAACUGCUCCAAGCAACUAUGACAAGCAAACUAGGAAAUGAUGGCAGUUUAGUCACUAGCCUUGUUAAGGCAUUCAAAAAAAAUGCAUGAGGACCUAAGCUGGGAAAGAGGAGUUGGGUGCAUGUAUGCUCACAACACUUCCAACUUCUCAUUCACUGAACAAGAAGCUCUGAAGGAGGAAGAGAUCAGAAACCCUGCGUUAUCGAGGAAUGUUGACUGCGAGACUUGUAAGUACGUUCAAUUGUGUGCGUUUGCAAACACACACAGGCACAGCUCCCUUGCAGAGGCUUUUGUUAGUGGGGCCCAUUAGUUGUCUCUGACCCUUACAUGUUGAAGGUAUCUGCUUUUUCUGUUCCUUUCAUCUCUGCUGCCAUUUCGUUCUAAAUAAAUGUUCCUUUAUUCACCCAUUAGCGCAUAGCAGCUGGGUUUAGGCUAUGGGAUGAACAGAUCAGAUAAAGUACUGUAUAGACCACCCUACACCAGAAGACCACCAAGUGGUGUGCGGGAUAAUAAACAACAUAGCAACCACGCAACAAAAUGCUUAAAAGCAAUAACCUCAAAGCAGCUCAUAAUAAAGAAGCAGUAUGGAACUGUUCACGAAUUUACACGUGACAAGGAAAUCGCUGUGCCAAAAGACGGACUUGAUAAGAGAGAAUUAAGUCAGCCAUUGCCAAGUGGUUUUGCUAAACUCCACCUCCAUCCACUCCCAUUUUGUUACUUGUUCCGCUCCUGCACCACUAUUUUGUGGUUGGUGGGGCUUUAGUCAUUUUCAGGCCAUACUAGUGGUUAUGGAGGUAGACCAGGCAUCCCCAAACUUCGGCCCUCCAGAUGUUUUGGACUACAAUUCCCGUCUUCCCCAACCACUGGUCCUGUUAGCUAGGGAUCAUGGGAGUUGUAGGCCAAAACAUCUGGAGGGCCGCAGUUUGGGGAUGCCUGAGGUAGACAGUUGAAGACCCCUCAGCAUAGCUUGCAUAAAAGGCUGGAGCAAUUCUGUGCUUUAUGAAAGCUGUAAGCAGGGUAUACAUGUCUGGGUAGACACUAGCAUGCUGUUGGUAGUAUAGGUACGUAUAGUAAUAUACAGUGGGUUAGAAAUGACUGUCAGAAUCUGCUUUAUUAUAUAAAACACAAAAACCAUAGACGUGCCACAUAGCUUAUUGUCUGCAGAAUACUUUCAUAGUAUUUGGAAUAUGUUUUGCUAUUAAUGUAUAUAUGUAACACUUUUAGGGACCCAAGUUGUUUUACCAGUGCUGUUUGUGUUCCAGAGAUUCACAGCUAAAACAGUGGUCAGAAUACUGAGCUCUUUUUGCUUUUCAUCUGGAUGGGAGCCUGUUUUAAUUACUGUUGCGGAUGGAACUGGAUGGCUAUUAGUGGCUUUUUUUCAGGUCACACACCUGUGCUGUUUUCUGAUGUCCCAAUCCAGGGAUGGGCAGAAGAUAAAUCAGGAUCUACUGGUAGAUCUUGGAGUGAUUUUCAGUAGGUCAGUAUAGUUUUGGGUUAUCAAUGGUUUAGCAACAAUGAAAAAGACAUGUCCCCAAGAAAGAAAGAAAGAUUAGGCUGCUGAAACAAAGAAAGCUUGGAGGAAAAUUAGGUGUGUAUUUAUGUAGGCAGUGACUAAAAGAUCCGUUCUGUUCCUGAAAACAAAUUACUGGUGCAAGCAUCAAAGAUGGUUCUUAAUUCUAAAUGUACAGAAGUCCCCAUCCCCACCCCACUGUCACAGUGCCAUCAUUCUGUGUCUGGCUCUGGUUUGUGGGUUGCAAGGUUCAAGUCAAAAACAAAGUAUAAUUAUUAAGCUUGUAGUUGGCCUUCCCCUCAAUCAGUUCUGGAAAGGUCCUUUGCCACCUGUGUAAACCUGAGCGCCAUCUGGCAAAAACUGUAAGGUGGCUGGAAAGCCAAAGAAAGGAGAAAAUUGUCCUUCAGAAUAUGCUUCUGAAUCAAGUCUUCAAACUUUAUUGUGCUCAUUUUUCGAAAAAAAAUCCAAAUUGAAAUGCUAAGGAGCACAGUGUGUCUUCAAUAAACAAUUGGUUCAUUAGGUAAGUAAUUAUAAUAAAAUAGUCUUCUCCAAUGCAGAAAAAACAGCAGGGGGUUAAACUAGUCUCUUUCUUUUCUUACCUUCAUUUCCAAUUUCCACCAGACUAGCGGUAGGUAAUACUCAUCCUGCAUAGAGUUCUGUUUCAUUGUGAGCAUUCUGUCACUAGUCAGAGCUGUCAGGUAUGUCAGUCAUGGGGUAUUGUGGCUGUGUCAGAGACAAAAACAGAGAGAUUAGAUGGCUACAAAGAGCUGUGAAUGAGGGAGUAAAUUGCGUUCAGGAGGGGGGGAAAAGUUAAAGAAACUGUUUUAUCAAAAGGUCUGUUCGGGAGGUUACUGCUAAUAUAUUACAGCUGGAACAAGAUAAUUGUGGAGAUCUUUGGGUGUUCUCUGCAAAAUGCUGCAUACUUGCAAUAAAUAUUCAAAUGCUUAUUUUGUGUUGCGAGUGCCAGAUAAACCCAUUCAAAGUGAAAUACAAUUCUUUUCAGGACAUUUAAAAUCUACUGCCAGGAAAUGUUAGGAACAGUUUUAUAAGCCCACAAGGAAUAUUUGUGCUAAAUGGAGUCGCAAAAAUACGUUUUCACAAAAGUUUCCUUGGAAAAUCCAUUCAAGCCUUAAAUGCCUCUGCAGUGAGAAAUAUCUAGUAGCAAAUUCAGUUGGGUCAGAUUCUCAGCACUGUUUCCUCUGACCAAACAGGAUGCCUUGUGGGGUUAGGAACACUGCAUACACAGAAUGGAAUUAUUAAGGCCUUGUCACUGUGCAGAGCCAAUCAAGUUUUCCUUUGUAGUUUAGCAGCUAAUCACCCGUCACUCCAUUUACCAGAAGGAAAUAUUCCAUUUGCUUGUACUGUAUGCAGUUUGAUAAAGAAUUUAGUUCACUACCUCUGGAUUCCUAGUAUUGGAUGAAGGAACAACCAACGUUUUUUGUUGAAAAUUCCCAUGAACUUAACUGGAAAGGUAUUGCAAUGCAUAAUGCAGAUGAACCCAAACCAUUUUCUUUUGCCAGUACUAAUAUUAAUACCAGUACUAUUCUGGGGAGUUUAGCAGCAGUAGAUACUUUCCGCACUCCCUUCCAGGUAUCCUCUUGUUUUCUUCAAACAUUACUUUCAGUCAUGUCAGAGCAACUUACACAUAAGUGAAUCACACGCAACUGGUGAUUGAAUCUGAAGUCACAUCCUGUACAUUUAAAGCACAGUUAACACACAUUAAAAGCACAUGGCUCCCCCAAAUAAUCUUGGGAACUGUAGUUUACAAUUUCCAGUACCCUUAACAAAAUACAGUUACCAGGAUUCAGGGUGUGUGUAUUUCAAAACGUAUACUGUGAGUGUGACCAUUGUUGGCAUCCACUUGUCUCUAGACAAUGGAGUUUGCCUCUGGGGGUGAAGUCAAACUACUGCGAUAGCAACAUCUAAGUGAGUUCCCUGGGGUGUAAGCCUGGGCUGUGUAUAUGGAGAUUCUGGGCUGCCCAAACAAAAAGUGCCCCCUCUCGGCCUCACUGAUGUGGUCCAAAGGAAAGUUUGGUACCAGCUUAGCUGCAGGAGUUGCCAGAAGGAGGUUUACAAGGUGCCAUCCAACCAUCUUAGGGACUUCUCUCUGGAUUUGUGUAGGUUUACUCCUUAGCCUUUUCUUCUCCCGGUGAUAUUCUGUAAGGCAGUGGAGGUUUGAGAUCAGAGUUUUCCUUCUCCUAGUUGGGCUAUCUUCCCAUGUUGACAGGCCCCACUUGCCCCUCACUUCCCUCUACAGCACAUGCAGAAACUGCCUUCUUGACCAUUUGACCCACUAUUGGUCUCAUCUGAAUCUGCCAGAGCUUUGCAUGCAGGGGAAGUCCCUAACUCACCAAGGAUUUAAGACAUAUCUCACCUGGUUUAGCCUGCUGGUCGAACGUGCAUGGUAUACAUUGCAAACGCUGGUGCAGCUAACAUCCUAUAUGAAUAACAGACCCAUUUGAUCAGAAUUUCCCAUGUGGUUGGGCUCUUCAGGCCUCCCUCCCAACCCAGUAUUGUGGGAUAAGCAUACAGGUAAGUGGCUCACAGGUUGUUGGGAAAAUGCUUAAUGUGCAACUAUGCAUACCAGACAGCUGUAAGAUGGAGCCACACAUAACAACUAACAGAAACUGCUAGUUAUUGUGUAACCUUGAACAAAUCUAUUUGUGCGGGGUAAUAAUGGUGCAGGCUUGGCAACAGACUUAAGUACUGGGAGUUUUUAAAGAUGAGGUGUGGUGCACUCAAUUGUGGGACCAGGAUCGACCCCCCCCCCAAUGAGGCAAGCUAAGGCAACCAGGGCCUGAGAAGUAUGAAACUACCUAUGAAAUUAUGAACCAGAUUACAAGUAAAUAAUACCCUCCACCACCACUCAAGGGCAGCA